AUGGUCAGUGCGAGCGCGAACCGAAACGACAACCACCAGCCCGAAGUGGCCUCAAAGUUUUGCUGGAAGGCAACGCAUACACGCGGUGUUGGCCGUGUGCCGGGAUCGUGCGCCGCCGGACAAGAGCGCCUGGGUCUGCUGUGCUACGAGAAGUGUCCAUUGGGCAUGACCCGCGUAGGCCUCGACUGCUAUUCGAUCUGCCCCCCUGAUUUAGAGGACCAAGGAUUGUAUUGCCGCAAGGCUGAAUACGGCCGGGGGGUUGGGUACCCGUGGACGUUUUACGAUCACCUGAACGCUAUUGAUAUGUUCCAACGCUGCGAAGAGGACUACGGAAGGACAACUGCGAAGAAUGGGGGCGGUUGUGUACCCCAAGUGCUUGCCGAACUUUCAUCCGGUUGA